AUGGAGCGGCCGCAGAUCAACAUCAGCGUCGACAUGCAGCUGCUCCACUGCGCCAUUAUCAAGUGUCGCUGCCCCCACAAGCCUCCCGUAGUCAAGUGCGAGGCCGAGCACCUCCUGUGUGGCGCCUGCCUCAACGGGGGCCACUGCUGCAAGUGCGACCGCGCCAGUGCCUUUGCGCAAUGUGGGCUGGAGCUGGACGUGUUCAUCGGCGACGCUAGGGUGUCGUGCCCGUUCAAGUUCUAUGGCUGCGGCGCCUCCAUCGUCUACCAUGUGACCGCCACACACCAGGACGCGUGCGCCUACGCGUCGUGCCAGUGCGCGGUGCCUAGGCCAGAGCCGCAGCACCACCACCACCGCCUGCCGAUCGUGGAGGGCAACGAGCGCAACCUGCUCGUGCUGUCUGUGCGCCCGUGCGGCGGUGCCAACGGCGUGGCAAGCUGCGCCGUCUCAGUGUUGUGCAUCAGGAUGAGCGCCGUCGCUGAGGCCGGCCCACGGUUCACGUACAUACUUUGGGCCAAGUCCCCAGCAGCACCACCACAACAAACCGUUUCCAGAUGA